CGGACUUGAGUACACUGGGAAUCAAAAUCGGGCCAGCAAGCACUUCUAUAAGAAGAGGCUCUCCGCCCGGUGUCCACAUGCCAGCCCUUGCGAUCUGGAGGAAAUUGCACAAGGUCGGCGCUCAGUUCCCACUGGACAUUCUGGAGAGGGUGCAACGCGCAAUGGAGGAGAACCCCAAUGACGACGAUGAUGCCCAUGCGGUGGAGGACAUUACAGGCAGCGGAGGUGAAGGACACUGUGUCGGUGGGGAGGUUGAAGAGGCGGCUGGUGGGCAUCCUCUUGUUGGAGGAGAUGAGUGCACGAGGGGGGAGGUGACAGGUGGAGGCACUGCUGUUCGGACACUGGCUUCCUCGCAGGUCGAGCGGCGGGCGCGGUGGGCAGGCAAACGAGCAUUGAGCUUCAAGAAGUUCACUUUGGCGUGUUAUGGGCCGCAGCCUACGGUGAGUCACUCCCAUGUGCCCACAGGCUACAACCUUCUCGGAUGUCGGCUUCUCAAUCGGUUGCGAGAGAGGUUGGAGAGUGAGGAGCAUGCGAUUCGGGAUGAUUGGGAAGUCACAGGCUGUACAUUCAUAACCGAUGGCACCACAGACAUCUGUGGGCGAUCACUUAUGAACUUCAUCCUUGCAGGGCGGUUGAAGCCGGUUUUCAUCAAGUGUGAGGAUGUGAGCGAGGGGGAUAAGGACUCGGCUGCUGUCAUUGCCAGUUGGAAGAGGGACAUUGUUGUUUUCAGCAAUGUGGAGCUCAUGACGCAGUUUGAGAGCGUUGUCGAUCGACUCAUCGGGAAGAGGGGGCGCAAGAAGUUCACCAAUUGUAUGGACCAGUUGUACGACUUCCAGUUCGGGAACGGGGUGUUUGGCUCCGAGCGGGCAGUGGAAAGGGCCUCAAAGGACAACGCAGUGUUGUGGUGGGAGGCGCAUGGGGCAGGGUAUCAAGAGAUCAAGGCCUUGGCAAUCAAGGUGCUCUCGAUCUGGACGACUUCUUUUCUGGCUGAGAGGAAUUGGAGCUCUUGGGCACUGGUGAAAACGAAGCCAAGGAACACAUUGCAUCAUCAACGCACCGAGAAACUGGUGUACUCGCACUUGAGCCUCAAGCUCAAGAGCCGCGGGGGUGAUGACCCCACUGUGGCAGGAGGGUGGUUCGGAUUGGCAGCUGACUGGGAUGACGAGGAUUUGGAGGGUGGUCAGGCGGGUGUGACGGACGCCGUCCAUGAGGGUGAGGUUGCAUAUGACGGAACUCGUUCAGCUACAGGCAGCACCAGUGUUCACCGUGAUCCCUUUAUGCCUGGGACUUCGGCAUCUGCGAAGAGGUUAGGGGAGGUGGGGAAGGGUGUGGGUACGGAGGAGGUAGAUGUUGACGAGGAGGAGGAGGAUUUCGACGAUGAGGAUGGCAUUCCAGGAGAGAAGUGGGAGGAUGAGAGGUCUGACUCGGAUAGAUCGUUGACGAGGAGGGAGGAGAUCACGCCAUACAUCCCGGGCACACAAUCUGGAUUAAGGUCUUAAAGUCAGCGACAGGAGGAAGAGCCGCGUCGACAUCACAAUGAGGAUUGGGCGAAUGAGGAGCAGC